UAAUAAUAAAAUAAAGACUAAAACAAUAGAAUAUUAAUAAGGAAUUAAGUUAACAAUUUCAACAAGGACAGUACUUACGACUGAUUGCAAGAUUAUAAUAUUUCAAGAUUAACACAAAUUUAUUUCUCUUGGAAGUCGAACCUAACUUGGCUGUACAUGCGAGAAUAAAAUAUGUAAAGUCGCGCUUCUUUAACAAAAUGCAAAUGUGCUAUUCUUAUUUCAGAAUUUUUUUAUAAGUGCACCACGUUUUACGAGAGAAAACAUUUGUUAAAUUUCCCUUCGUGUCAAAUCGAUAGUAUAAAGGUAUACCUGUUAUUAAGUAAUUUGUCAAAUUGCAAGUAUUAUGAUCUCAUGUAUUAUGCAAUAUUCCUGUAUUAAAAAAAUUACAUAAUGCGUUGGAAGUUAUACCAGAAUAGGAAACUCUUAGAAUAUCUGACCGAACAAUACAAAACGGAGGGGGUAAGCGUAUUCUCUUCGAUUGCUUCGACAGUCAUUCGUGUCCCGAACUUCGCUAAGUGAUGAUCUGUAUAGAGACUCAAUAUUUAGGUCUCAAUAGAAUUCUGUUGCUUGCUAUUGGCUUGUGGCCAUUUCAACAAUCCAAAUUCACUCGAUUUCAAUUUAUUUUCCUCUUUGCACUUUUAAUGACGUUUACUAUAUUUCAAUUGACACCAUUUAGGACAACAUUAAAAUACACUUCAGAUUUCGUCAUCACGAUUGUGUCUUCCGUAUCUUUUUCUAUUUUAUGUAUGACAAAAUAUUGCGGAUUCUAUGUUAAUUUCGAACCUGUAAAAAAGUUGUUUAUACAACUUCAGCAUAUAUGUAACGAAUUAAAAGAUAAAAAUGAAAUCGCUAUCAUAGAAAAAUAUGGCUACACUGCGAAAUGUUAUACAAUUGCACUUAUUGUAGCAGGUACAUGUGGAAUACCUAUUAUUAUUCAAUUUUGGACUACAUCUGAUGAUAUUCCAUCGAUGAACUUAACUCGACCAGGUCACAUGCAAGUCAUAACAGAAUAUUUUGUUGAUGGAGAAAAAUAUUUUUUUUUAAUUCAACUGCAUGUAACCAUAGCAGUAUGUAUAGGUGGAAUUGUGCUGUUAGCUACAGGAACACUGUUUAUUGCAUAUUUUAUAUUUUUCUGUGGAAUGCUUAAAAUAGCCAGUUAUCGUGUUGAACGCGCAGUAAACAUCAAUAUUUCGUUGAAAAAUAAAAUUGUAAGAUCCGAGGAUUUAAUUUGCGCUGUAGAUAUCCAUCGACAAGCUUUACAGUUCGCCACAUACUUCAUGUCCAAAUUUGAAGUAAUGUUCUUCUUUGUAGCACAGUCCCUUAUAAUUUCAAUAUGUUUCAACUUUGUUCGAAUUUCUCAGGUUGUGAUGUCUGAGCAAGCUAUUCAACUAGCUUUUGUGCCUAGCGUAUUUGCGGCUAUAAAUAUCCUAUACCUGUUCAUAGCGAAUUUGCUUGGACAAAAUAUGACGGAUCACAAUAAUUACGUAUUUGAUACCGUAUACGGAGUUGAAUGGUACGCAACACCUUUACAUAUCCAGAGAUUAAUACUCUUCUUGUUGUUAAAUGGCGUUAAAAAGUUUACUAUAAAUGUCGGUGGAUUGUUCGUUCCAUCCUUCGAAUGCUUUGCCACAGUGAUGAAAACGUCGGUAUCUUAUUUUACUGUUAUACUAACUACACAGUCAAAUACAAAUGCAGUAAGCGCAUGAGAAAAACAUAUUUAAAGAAUAUAAAACAGCAUUUGUUAUAUUAGAACA